AACUAUUAACGAAUAAUUAUAAGACUUUACCAGUAGAUUCAUACUUAAAAACAAUCCAAUUUUUUGAUAAAGCAAAGUAAGCAAAUUCAAUGGGAAACGCUCAAUCACCUCCUGCAGAUCUUCGCUUCGUUUCUGCUUCCAGAGCAUUUACUCAGAAUGAUCUUCAACAACUCAAAUCACUCGUCAUGUCGCUGGCUGCCCAGUCACAAAGCAAUGCCAAACACAUAUCUCCCUCUGUUUUUAAGAUGUAUUUUGGAUUGGAUGGUCCUCUUGGAGAAAGAUUGUUCAAUAUAAUUACCCAGAAACGCAAGGAUCAGAAACUUACUUUCGAAGACCUUGUGGUUGCUAAAGCUACUUAUGAGAAAGGAACAAAAGAUGAAAUUGAAGAUUUUCUUUAUCGAUUAGUGGACAUUAAUGAUAAUGGCUCUUUGGGAAGGUCAGAUCUAGAAUCUGUUCUAAUUGCAAUGCUGGAAAGUAUAUUUGCCACAAAGAUUUUUGGAAAUGGUUCAAGUUUUCAUCAGGACACUGUGAAUGUAUUUCUUAAUGCUGGAACUUUUUCAAAUAACGAAGGAUGUAAUGAGGAAAGUAUGUCUUUUGAAGAUUUCAAAGGUUGGUGCGCACUUAUUCCAUCAGCCAGGAAGUUUCUUGGAAGCUUAUUGAUGCCCCCAGAUCCAGGAAGACCAGGAUGCCAAGUUCCUCGAUUGCUGCAUUUGGAGAAUAUUGAUUCUAGUAUUUUAUUAUUGAGGAAGGAAUAUGCAUGGCACAUAGGGGGAGCUCUUUCCCAGCAAGAACUGGAGGAGUGGAAACUCUUGUAUCAUAGUGCUUUGAAUGGUUUAAGUUUCAACACAUUCUUGGGCAGCAUAUCAAAUGAUGAAGGACCUACUUUGUUGAUUAUUAAGGACAAAGAAGGAUACAUAUAUGGAGGUUAUGCGUCUCAGCCUUGGGAGAAGCAUGGUGAUUUCUAUGGAGAUUUGAAAUCUUUUCUUUUUCAGCUAUACCCGAAGGCAGCUAUUUUCAGGCCUACUGGAGCAAACAAUAAUCUUCAAUGGUGUGCAGUGAAUUUCAGUUCAGACAGCAUCCCCAAUGGAAUUGGUUUUGGAGGACGUGUUAAUCACUUUGGUCUUUUCCUCUCGGCGGGCUUUGACCAAGGGCAUACCUUCAGUUGUACCACAUUUGGAAGCCCUUCUCUUUCGAAGACCAACCAAAUAGAUCCCGAUGUAAUAGAAUGCUGGGGAGUUAUCAGAGGAGCUCAGAAAGAGAAACAGGAUGCUGGCAAAGGUACUGUAUUAGAUAGAUUUAAAGAGGACCGCCAUAUGCUUAACAUGGUUGGGCUUGCGAAUUCAAGUGAGUAAUGCCAUGAAAUUUCCAACACUAUCAAUAUAACCCUGUACCUGGACACCAUGUGGCUUGAUACCUGUCAAAUAACCAAGCAUGAUUGUUACUCAGGCAUGUUUGUAUGUUUGUAUAUUUAGAAAGAAUUAUUGGUACUGCACUAUUGCUAGUC